AUGCUCGAGCGCGUCGAGAACCGCUUCAAUAUUCAUUUACAUCCUCCAACGGUGGUCCUUCUUUAUUUGACAACACGCCGAUACUUGCUUAGUAGCUCAUACCCGUAUAUGACAUUACUGGGCCAGUCGCUAGGCUCGCUCGUGGUAGCAUAUGACGCCUUCACCUUGCUGGUUCCCGAUGUCUUCGUCGACACCAUGGGCUACGCCUUUGCCCUUGCGCUGAGCAAAUGGCUCUUCCCAAACGUCCCCACCGGUGCAUAUGUCCACUACCCCACGAUAUCAACCGAUAUGCUCGCCUCCCUUGACGACAAGACAGGCGUGCAGGGCAUCAACUCGGGCGCAGGAGCAGGAACAAAGGGCAAAUUGAAGCGCCAAUACUGGCAACUCUUCGCUCGACUCUACGGCUGGGUCGGCAGCCACAUCGACGUGGUAAUGUGCAAUUCAUCCUGGACGGCAGCGCAUAUCCGCCAAAUCUGGGGCGCCAACAAGACAUCCGACGCCAACGGCAUCGGCGCCGGGACGCCCUGCUCGCCGGCCGUCGUAUUCCCACCUACCGCCGUCUCGGAGCUGCAAUCCAACAUAACAGUCGACGAAGAGAGCGAGCGAACCCGCCAACCCGUCCUCUUGUACAUAGCCCAAUUCCGCCCGGAGAAGAACCACCCACUCGUCCUGCGCUCCUUCGCGCGCUUCCUGCAAGAGCGCAUCCGCAAUCCUCUAUUCGCCGACGCCCCGCCCCCACGCCUUGUGCUCAUUGGCAACGUGCGCCAGAACAGUCCCGACGAAACACACAUUUACAACCUGCGUCUCCUCGCCCAUGAACUCCGUAUCCGCGACCACACCACCUUUCUCUGCGACGCCAGCUGGCCCGCCGUGCUCUCGCACCUGGGCACGGCCUCGAUCGGCGUCAACGCCAUGUGGAACGAGCACUUCGGUAUCUGUGUCGUCGAGUACCAAGCGGCGGGACUAAUCUGCGUAACGCACGACUCGGGUGGCCCACGCGAAGACAUCGUCGUGGACCUUGGCGAUGGGGCGACAGGAUUCCGCGCCGAGACAGAGGAGCAGUUUGCAGCGGCAUAUGAGGCUGCGCUGGCGUUGCCGAAGGAGGAGAAGAUUGCGAUGCGAAAGCGGGCGCAGAAAUCGGCGUUGAGGUUCACGGAGGAGGAGUUCGAGAUCAAGUGGUUGGCUCAGCUGGAGAAGUUGGUUCGAGCUGCGCGGUAG